ACUGUACAUGUACUGCUACACAACGCCACGCAUUCGAAGAUGAUGAUAAGUAUGGGAGGCAAUCGCCGCAAAAAGUAAGUGAAACGUAAAUUAAAACGUACAUUUAAAAAGCAACAGCGUCAGCCAACUUCCACAAAUUAAAGUCACAGUUUCUUUUUACAAAACGUCAACGUACUGUCACUAUUGAACAAGUUUUACUUUUUUUAAGGGAGCAGCUUAGCUCAGUCGGCCAAAUCACUCAUAUUUAUUUUUGUCCUAACAUGAUGUUGAAAAGCUUUUAAUUUUGUCGUUUUCAACAUGAGGUAGUUCAACUUUUCUAAGCACUUUUGGUUAAUUCUGCUUGGUAGUGCGCUGAAUCUUGUUCCCAAUUAAAUUCCAUCAACUCAUGCUCUUCUUCAACUACGCACGCAAAUUUAAAAGAGUGUGUGUGAUAAGUUGCUUUUAAUCGGAUUUGAGUUACCAUCAGCAGAUAUAGCAGAAAGUUCCGGGUUCGAAUCCCGAUUGGGGAAACCUUUAUUAUGUGAAUCUCUUAGAUCCCGUUUCGUCGUUUAAGAUGCUUGUAAGAAGAGGGCGUAUCAAUUUGAUCUCGGUUUCACGUUUGUUUGCGUCGAAUACUAGUGUUGUAUACGCACACCGUAUAGAGUGUGAAAUUAGUUGCCUCCAAUCGGAUUCAAACUUCCAACGAAAACUAGCACCAGUGGCCGGUUAAGACUGAUAGACAGUAGAAAUACCUCGGAUUCAAUUCCCGUUUAGGAAGAUUUUUGUGAUAUUUUCACACUGGCAGAUUCCUCUUCUUUACUGUUUACAAUUUAUGUAGGCCUAUAUUCGAAUUAUAAAGCAUUACCACAAGACUGCUUAGAGGUUAACCCCAUAGUUAUAAUACUGUAGAUAAUCUUUAUGAUUGCGAUUGCAGAACUUAUGUACACAAACUGAUAGUGUACGAGCGCUACAGUAGCUCUAACGACUCAACUGCUAUAGCCUACAAUCGAAAUUAUUAUCCCGGAAGAACGAUGCAGCCGUUGUCAGAGGUCAGUGUACUAAAUCCAUUGUUUUCCAAACUAAUAACUACAAAAAAAUAUGACAAUUAAAACAGGUAGAACGUAAAGUAGUAGACCAUUGGCUGUUAACUCUUAACGGCGUCUCUCAGUUUUUCGCCUACCUUUGUAUUACGACAUUCCUCCAGCAGCUCCACUUUAAGGUAACGAAGCCAUAUUUAUUAGGUUAUUCGUAGGCCUACCCUGUUUUUUUUCUCCAAAGAAGUACAAUCAGGUCUUCAAUGGUAGGAUCAUGUCUGAACGAUACCUUCUAAUGGUCAGGCCCCUUCUUUGAAACACAAGUAACUGAUAGGCAUAGGCCUAUCAAAAUGGCGUUCCCUCGAUGUCCUACAAACGUUAAAAAGAAUCUUCCGAUGCUGCUUGCCAUACCCCUUGUGCACUUCCUAACCUUCGGACAAACUGAUCCUUUCUUCGGCGUUUUCUUGGUGGAUUUCAAAGAGAAGCUUGGCUGCAGUUCAGCAGCAAUUGGUAUGGCCCACAGCGUCUUUCUUGGAUUCAAAUAUCUUCUCGGUCCCCUACCAGUGAUUCUGACAAACAGAUUUGGAAGCCGGUUAAUUAUCAUUCUGGGAUGUACUAUGAUGUCGAGUGGUCUCAUGUUGACGUCACAUGCGUCCAAACUCUGGCACGUAUACAUUUCACAUUCACUUAUUACGGGGUGUGGUUCGUGCUUGGUAUUCCAAAGCGUUACUUACGUCAUCGGUCACAGAUUUGAUAAAUCUGCGUCGUUAUACUUUGCACUAAUGUACGCCGGGUCAUCAACUGGAUUUUUCCUCACCCCUCUGUUUUGCUCCGCAGUCAGAAAAUGGUUUGGUUGGCAAGGUACUAUAUUGAUUCUAGGAUCAAUUGCAAUGAAUUCGAUACCAAUAGCGAUGAUAGCAUACAAAGUUAGGAGGGUCAAGACUACACAAAAAUAUACUUCGGAGACAGGCGUAGAUACGCUAAACGAUUUGGUGCCGUCACUUAGAUCCCAAACGGAGGAUGGCGUGGAUAGCCAGCCGGAGAAAAUACAUACUUUAAGCUUGUUUAUUAAGUUCCCGCGACUUAUGAUUAUGAUUAUCGUGCGACUACUAGCAGAGUUUGGUUUUUCUGGCUUUUUUGUACAUUUUAAUGCCAGCAUUAUUUAUAAAGGUUUUCUAGAUGAAGACGCGGCUGUGGUCUUCUUCGCGUUUGGCAUCGGCAGCUUUGUUGGUCGACUGGGCUCUCCUCUUCCUGGAUAUCUCGGAAUUAUCUCCAACUAUAAACUAUUUACAAUUGCUUUAUUUGUAGCUGGUAUUGCUAUGUUCUCGUUCAACGUAUUAAUGACAUUAACUAGUCUUGUUCUAUCUGCAUUAGCGAUUGGCUUAUUUAUUGGCCUAUAUUCAACAUUGUUUCCAGUUGUUAUGAGGAGUUGUGUUUCAAUGGAUCGAUUUAAAGAUGCCUAUAGUGUCGUCGGAAUACCGGCCGCGUUCGCUUGUAUAUUUGGAGGCUAUGCUAUGGGGGUAGUAUACGAUAUCAGUGGUUCUUACAAUGUGUCGUUAUUCAUAGCUGGCAGUUGCUUUCUACUUAGUGGUAGCCUGAUGCUGAUGACGGAUUUCUUUUCAAAGCUGAAACGAAAAUUGUUUUUUAACGAGAUCACUGGACUUGACACAGCGGUUCUAUAAGGUUAAAGUAAUAAUUGAAAACUCAGGGCACAUCUGAUUAUAAGGUUAAUAUAUCUUUUAAUGUCUGAUGGGUGAGCAAGGAAUACAACAGGCCCGUGGACAGGGGUGCACAGAUGCGGGCACACCUUUCCAAUUCUCAAAAUGCCCACUUUUUAAAACCUAUUAUUUAACUGAAAUCGUUCCCAAUUAUCGCGAAAUGAUAUAUGCGUUGUAUUUCAUUUUUCAGCUCUUCUAAUCGUUGAAUUUUAAGUUGGUACGAAAUUUGUUGGAAAUCAGCUCCGGUAAUUGUAGAUUGAUCCAUAUGAACAAAAAGCAUAGUUAUGUAGGCCUACAGAUACAGUGGACAUAAAACCUUGAUUCUUCUGGUCCCUAACAACACUCAAAUGAAUGGAAACCAAAAUAGAAUUUUCACGAAUUAUGGGUUUCAGAAAUCCAUUAAAUAAGGCCCCCACCAGGGAUAUGCUGGACCCCGCACCCGAAUUGCCUACAGUUCUCAAAUUUAUUAAAAUAAAAAUGCAAACCUUCCUUUAUUUGAAACCAUUGACUUAUUAACGUGUCACGUGUUGGAUACAAUGGAAUUAACUUUUGUCUGAUGUGUCUAAAUAUAGCUAACAUUUGAAAACUAAACUACCAUCGAGACAUAAACAGAAUCUAUCAUCAUUUGUCGCUUCAAUAUCUCAUUUGCGCGACCUUCUUCUACACUAAGGACAUGAUUAAAUAAACAAAAUUUAUUUUAACAAAGGGUACUGUAAUAAAUAGCCAUUCAAAGUAGGCCCUAGGUCAGUGUCCAUUAGUAUGUAUGAAACUCAAAGUCCGCUUGUUAAAAAUGUUAAAUCUAUGAUUCCAGAGAAUACGUUCUCAAUCUAUUUUUACAAUUGUGUAAGAGUGCAUAGAAUCUGCAAUAGAUAUAAUAUAAGCAACAUGGGCCGACCGAGCCAGGCGCUGGGGUCCAGGGGGUAGCGAAGGGAACCCGGUGGGGGUGUGGCGUGAAUCCCCUAGUCGCUCCGGUGUUUGUAGCCUUUUUUGAUGUAUUUUAUUGUCUUUUUUGGCACAAUUGAGUUCUGAAAUUUGUAUCGUGAUUUGACAAAAUAAGCGUAAUAUUGUAAUUAAGUAAUACUUUGUU